GGGUCUGUACAUGCGCAGUGGUGUCAUCGCUAAGAUGUGAUGCUAUUGUGAUAGGUAAACAAAUUGACAGUUGGUACUGGCCCAGAGGGAGGUUUUGAUUAACGCAGAGGAGCACGUAUCGGACCUAAAAAGGGAUGUGAUUGUCCGAAGCUGUUACUUGCUGUUUUGUGGCCGUUAUCACAUAACUGGAAGAUGGCAAUACCCAUGAACAAGCUUUGUGGUCUGGUAGCAGCAACCUUCACACCGAUGACACAAGAGAAUGAAAUAAACAUCUCUGUAAUUGGUCAGUAUGUUGAUUAUCUGGUAAAGGUCCAGGGGAUUAAAAAUAUUUUUGUGAAUGGCACAACUGCAGAGGGCAUUUCCCUUACUGUUGAAGAAAGAAAAUUGCUUGCUGAAGAGUGGAUUAAACAAGGAAAGGGCAAGUUAAAUCACGUGAUAAUUCAUGUGGGUUCCUUAAGUAUAGAAGAAUCAAAACAAUUGGCAAUACAUGCUGCCAAGUGCAAUGCUUCUGGGAUUGCAGUCAUUUCCCCAUUCUUCUUCAAGCCUCAAAGUAUAGAGGCUUUAACAGAAUGCCUACAGGAAGUCGCGUCUGCUGCCCCCAGCAUCCCUUUCUACUAUUAUCACAUUCCUGAAUUUACUGGCGUAUCUUUAAAUGUUGUGGAACUGCUAGAUGGGAUCGAGAAAAGGAUUCCAACAUUCCAGGGAGUGAAGUUCACCAGCAGUGACUUGUUGGACUUUGGUCAAUGUGUUCACAAGUUCAAGGAUAGGUUUACAUUGCUGUAUGGGAAAGAUGAGCUACUCUUGUCAGCAAUUGUACUGGGAGCAAGUGGAGCUGUUGGCAGUACAUAUAAUUACAUGGGAAGUUUGUGUAAUAAGAUGCUGACUUAUGCUGAGAGAGGAGACUAUGACUCGGCACGGGAGCACCAGGCUGUGAUCCAGGAGUUCGUUGGGUCUAUGAGUAGACUUGGUUUUGGAGUGGCUGAAAACAAGGCUACAAUGACACUUGUAUCGGGAAUUCCACUUGGUCCCCCUCGCCUGCCAUUGUUAAAAUGCAAUGAGGAGAAGCAAGCAAAGAUAUUGGCCACACUGAAAACGUUGAAAAUAUUGACAUGAACACUGCUUGUAAUAAUGGAUGGAAUUCACUAUUGGGAGAUUAAUUUACUGAUUAUUACACUUGUGUUUUUCUUCUUUGUUUUGCUUAUAUGCGGGAUAGGUCUAAAUAUCAGUAAUUAAUUCAUUACAAUCACACCCAAUCAAAUUAAUCAUGUGACUGUAUGGCCAGUGAUGGACAACCUUCAGUCUUCCACAAUGUCUGAUGUUUAGCAGGCAGCUUUAUCUCUAUCAUUGUAGCUUUCACUAUGCAUGCUGUAUUUAAGCACAGUCCAAUACCGCUGACUUCUGUACCUGUAAUUCAGUCCUACCUGCUAGUGGUGGGCUGUGCCCCCUGCACCCCAUUUACUGCCUAAAGCUGUCUUGUCCAUAGGACUUUUAAUUGAAUCUCUUCAUGCUUAGUCAUUUUUUAAAAAAAUAUAUAGCUAUGAUUAUCUGGAUAUCUUAAGUAAAUCUAUUUGUGAUGGAUCUCAGACUUUAAAUCAAUUAGGUAUAGAAUUCUCUCAUCAGCAUACUCAAGGGUGUCCUUAUCCAGCAGCUUGCAAUCGGACUCCAUUUUCACUGUAAAUGUCUUUGUGUGCUAUUUUAAUCUUGUUACCUUGUAUAUUCUAUCUACAAAGGGACGAUUAUCAUAACUUGUGGUCUGUCUUUAAUACUAAACUAAACAAGCUACUGUUUCAGCUCCAAAUCUUCUCUGCCAUCUUACAUCAACUAAAAAUUCCUGGCAGCCUUUUAUGUCACCUGCUCUGCAUAUCCCUGAUGAUCAAGGAUCCAUCUACUUCUGCCCUAAAAAUAUCCAAAGAUUCUGCAGCAAUGCUUUUUGAGGGUACAAAUUCCAAAUACAUUCAACUCCCAGAAUUUUCUUCUUUAUUUCUAUUAAAUAGAUAAUCUCUUCGUUUUCAACUGUGAUCCCUAGUUCCAGGUACUCCCAGAGAGGAAAUAUCCCUCUUACAUCCACACAGUGAAGUCCCUUCAGGACCUUGCAUAUUUCAAAUCGGGUUACCUCCAACUCUUCUAAACUACAGAAAGCAAUCCUAUUCUGUCUAGUCUUUCCACAUAAAUCAAUCUACUCAUUCCAGGCAUUGGUCUAGUAAAGCUUCUCUGAACUGCUUUCAACACCUUAACAUCCUUACAUAUAUUGAGACCUUCAUAUUAUUUUUAACAUUUUUAGUUUGGAGCUCUGAACUCUAAGUUGAGAUCUGAAUGUGACUUUUGAGCAUAUUUCUUUUUAAAAGGGAGGAGAGCAAACAAACUGUUUGUUUAUCAUACCAGGCCUGGAUGUGGCUGCCAAAGCUACAGGACUGAGACUUGACUGCUAACUGGAUAUCCUCCAUUUAUCAACACGUUGAAAGCUUAGUGAAGAGAAUCUCAGUUAUAAGGAGUUAUUUGAAUAUUCCUCAAACCCACUGAAAGCUGUUGCAUUGACAGGUGGCUUCAGAAACUGAACCAAGAUAUAAUCCCAUAUACUGUGAUACUAUAGAUCAUGGAGACUGCUUAAGUGAAUUGGCCAGUUACUUCUCUUAUCCUUUAUACAGUCAGAUGUACAGCAUGGAAACAGACCCUUCGGUCCAAUCCGUUAAUGCCAACCAGAUAUCCCAACCCUAUCUAGUCCCACCUACCAGCACCCAGCCCAUAUCUCUCCAAUCCCUUCCUAUUCAUAUACCCAUCCAAAUGCCUCUUAAAUGUUGCAAUUGUACCAGCCUCCACCACAUCCUUUGGAAGCUCAUUCCAGACAUGUACCACCCUCUACGUGAAAACGUUGCCCCUUAGGUCUCUUUUAUAUCUUUCCCCUCUCACCCUAAACCUAUGCCCUCUACUUCUGGAAUCCCUGACCCCAGGGAAAAGACUUUGUCUAUUUAUUCUAUCCACACCCCUCAAUUUUGUAAACCUCUAUAAGGUCACCCCUCAGCCUCCGACACUCCAGGGAAAACAGCCCCAGCCUAUUCAGCCUCUGCCUGUAGCUCAGAUCCUCCAACCCUGGCAACAUCCUUGUGAAUCUUUUCUGAACCCUUUCAAGUUUCACAACAUCUUUCCGAUAAGAAGGAGAUCAGAAUUGCACACAAUAUUCUAACAGUGGCCUAAGCAAUGUCCUGUACAGCAGCAGCAUGACCUCCCAACUCCUGUACUCAAUACUCUGACCAAUAAAGGAAAGCAUACCAAACGCCUUCCUCACUAUCCUGCACUCCCAGGUCUCUUUGUUCUGCAAUACUCCCUAGGACCUUACCAUUAAGGUGUAGAAGUCCUGCUAAGAUUUGCUUUCCCAAAAUGCAGCACCUUACAUUUAUCUGAAUUAAACUCCAUCUGCCACUCCUCAGCCCAUUGGCCCAUCUGGUCCAAAUCCUUUGUAAUCUGAGGUAACCCUCUUUGCUGUCCACUACACCUCCAAUUUUGGUGUCAUCUGCAAAGUUACUAACUGUACCUUUUAUGCUCGCAUCCAAAUCAUUUAUGUAAAUGACAAAAAGUCGAGGGCUCAGCACCGAUCCUGUGGAACUCCACUGGUCACAGGCCUCCAGUCUGAAAAACAACCCUUCCCCACCACCCUCUGUCUGUCUGCUUGUCUCAAAGAAGAUUGGAUUUAGAUCGUUAAAAAUCACAACACCAGGUUAUAGUCCAACAGGUUUAAUUGGAAGCACACUAGCUUUCAGAACGUCGCUCCUUCAUCCACU